GUAUCACCAUAUGUCAUCUCUGCCUCUCAAAAUCUAGUCUUUGGAUUUCUUCUCUCUCAGAGUCUGCCUAUUCUUGCUCCUUAUUUCUCUCGUCUCCUCCUCGUGGAGGAGCCUUUCUGGCUGCUCAGGUCUCCACUCUCUCUCUGGACAGAUCUAUCGUGCGUUCGUUGUGUGAACGAUAAUCGAAAAUGAAUUCUUGUGGGUAUCAGCGAAAGAGCGCCAUGGGAGGCUGUGAGGAGAGGAGGAUGAUGGAGGCAGACUCUGUGGUUUGCCCCAAGCCUCGUCGAUUGGGCCUUUCAAUUCCUUCCCUUCACGAUCAAUUCAGACCCUUAAGAUUAUCCAUCAGUCACCAGACUGACAUGGGAGAUUCUAUUGCUGGGCCUGAGCUUCUUGACAUAAUUCUCACUAAGGGAGGAUGUGGUGGAGAAAGAUCAGGUUACCAGGUAGCAUUAUCGCCACCAUUUUACUGUGGAUCACCCCCAAGUAGGGCAUCAAACCCUGUAGUCCAAGAUGCCCAAUUUGGCAAUGAGAAGAUAAAUCCUUUCUCUCCUGCCCCACUAUCACCAUCCUCAUCGUCAGCACGCAAGGGAGGAGGAUGUGUCCGAAUGAAAUUUGGGCACAAGCCAGCUGCUGUAAGGAUUGAAGGGUUUGAUUGUCUUAGCAGAGAUAGAAGAAAUUGCAGCAUCUCUGCAGUGGCUUAAACAUUGAACUCUGAAUUUAAAAAAAAAAAAAAAACCCAGAAAUUAGCAAAUUUUGAUCUGAAGAGAGAGGGAACAAAAAUUGGGGCAGGCCUAAUGGUUGUGGUUUUGUUUGAUGUAUAUACAGGUUUACUGAUCUUUGGUGGUGAGUUUUGCACUCUCAAACUAUGUACAUGUAAUGAAGUUUGAGGGAGGUUUAAUUUUGAAGAAAUAAGAAGGGGUUGAGAGGCAAGUGCUUCUCUUGGUAUGUUGAAUGCUGAUUGUUCUUGUUCAUAGAAAGAGUGAGAGAGAAAUCCAGAGGCUGCCUAGUCAUUGGGGAGGAAUGCCUUCCGAUGUAAUAUUUCUACGUUUACCACUUUCUCUAAUCCGCGUUUGUAACUGUAAUUUGAAGGAAAUAAGGAUUAACCAUUUGGAAA